GCCCCGGUGCGGCAGGGCCAACCGGGAGACCCAGACGCAGGCAGCGACCGAGCUGCCGCCGCUCCGCGCCCGGUCGCCCCGCAGCAUCCCCGCCGAUGGCCGGCCGCCUGACCUGCUGCCUCCUGCUGUGGGCCCUGGGCCCUGGGGGCUGCCGCUCGCCUGCGGGGGAGGGCGCCGGCAGCCAGCCCGCCUGCCCCGUCCAGCCGCCGGCCGCCCGGGAGUCGUCCUCCCCCGGCCGCGACCCCCGCGGGGGCUCUUCACCGCCCCCUGCGCUGGGCAGCAUCGCUCAGGACAUGGUAGCUGUCCACAUGCUUAAGCUCUACGAGAAGUACAACCGGGAAGGGAGCCGGCCCGGCGACGGCAACACGGUCCGCAGCUUCAAAGCCAGGCCGGAAUUCUUCGCCCAGAAGCCCUUGUACUGCUUCAAUCUGACAUCCAUGCAGGAUUCAGAGAUGAUCCUUGCUGCCACUUUUCACUUCUAUGCUGACAAACGCCCUCGGCACCGGGAAGUGUUUUGUAAGCGGUCUAAGAACUCAUCCUGCCGACUCCUUCACCAGCCUCCUAUCCUGCAGCUCAACCUCAUUUUCCAAAGCAUUCACCAGAAUUCUGCCUAUGGACUAGUGAAAGGGAACAUCACCGUGUUUCUUCAAAGGCGAGGGGCUUGGCAUGCAAAGGACAUUUCACACAUCAUAAAAGAAUCAAAACGGGCUGGAGAGCUCAUUCUCUGCGCUGAGCUUGAUUCUGGGGAGAAACACCAGGACUUCCCUGAACAGGUCAUCAGUCAUUUACCCUAUAUACUAGUUUAUGCCAAUGAUCUUGCAAUCUCUGAACCUAACAGUGUGGCAGUCACCCUACAACGUUAUGAUCCAUUCCCUUCCAACGAUGGGGACCCAAAUGUAUCCCCUAAUGCUUCUACUGAUACCCGAGUGAGGAGGGAUACGUACCUCUCUAGCUCUAUUCAGAACAAUGAGUUGCCAGAAGUAGAUUAUAACAGCAACAAAUACAAUAAACAUGACAUAUGGGAGAAUGCCUACAAGUCCUUGAAACCAAAAGCUUCACGCAAAGACCGAAGGAGAAAAGGGCAAGAAAAUACAGAAACACUUAUAAAGUCUCAGGUGCUAAAUUUCGAUGAGAAAACAAUGAAGAAAGCAAGGCGAAAACAAUGGAAUGAGCCAAGGAUUUGUUCAAGAAGAUACAUGAAAGUUGACUUUGCUGAUAUUGGCUGGAAUGAAUGGAUCAUAUCUCCCAAAUCAUUUGAUGCCUACUACUGUGCUGGGGCAUGUGAAUUUCCAAUGCCCAAGAUUGUCCGGCCAUCAAAUCAUGCUACAAUCCAGAGCAUCGUAAAAGCAGUAGGAAUCAUUCCCGGCAUCCCAGAACCCUGCUGCGUUCCUGACAAAAUGAGCUCACUCAGUGUCCUGUUCUUAGAUGAGAACAAAAAUGUUGUUUUAAAGGUAUAUCCCAAUAUGUCAGUUGAAACUUGCGCCUGCCGAUAAG